CCUUAAAUAUGUUUAUGCUGGCUUGACAGAAGACUGGAAAGCGACCAGAUGGAAUUCUGCACUGCCUUCUUAACAGCUUCCACACAUUUUAAAUUGUAUCGCACACAUUUUUAGCUGACUUUCCUGCUAUCAAACAGCCCUGGCGUGACUACAAAAGCCUAUCCGGGAGGCUCGGCUGCGCUGUGAACCGGGACAGAAGCGGUCAAGACAUCUAAAGAUACCCAACCAAACAUCUUCCCACUGAAGGUCCCAAGGCGAGUGUGUGUGUGUGUCCAUCAUGCCGCUGUUUGGGAAAUCCCACAAGAGUCCGGCGGACAUCGUCAGGACCCUGAAGGAAAACCUGGCCAUCCUGGUCAAACAGGAUAAGAAGACAGACAAGGCGUCUGAGGAGGUGUCGAAGUGUUUGGUGUCCAUGAAGGAGAUUCUGUACGGUAGCAACGAUAAGGAGCCUCACACUGAGACUGUGGCCCAGCUGGCCCAGGAGCUGUAUAACAGUGGCCUGCUCAUGUCACUGGUAGAAAACCUGCAGGUCAUAGACUUUGAGGGGAAGAAGGAUGUGUGUCAGAUCUUUAACAACAUCCUGAGGAGGCAGAUUGGGACGAGGAGCCCCACCGUCGAAUAUUUCUGUUCCCACCAAGAGGUCCUCUUUAUACUGCUGAAAGGGUAUGAGACACCCCAGGUAGCGUUGAAUUGUGGGAUCAUGCUAAGGGAGUGUAUCCGCCACGAGCCACUCGCCAAGAUAGUUCUUCAUUCGGAUCAUUUCAACAGUUUCUUCAACUACGUGGAGAUGUCCACCUUCGACAUCGCCUCCGAUGCCUUCGCCACCUUCAAGGAUCUCCUGACAAGACACAAAGUGCUUGUGGCUGAAUACCUCGAACAGAACUACGAUGCUGUGUUUUCAGACUAUGAGAAGCUGCUGCACUCUGAGAACUACGUCACAAAGAGGCAGUCUCUAAAGCUUCUGGGCGAGCUGUUGUUGGACAGACAUAACUUCACGGUGAUGACGCGCUACAUCAGCAAGCCUGAGAAUCUCAAGCUGAUGAUGAAUCUGCUAAGAGACAAGAGUCCCAACAUCCAGUUUGAGGCCUUCCAUGUCUUCAAGGUUUUUGUAGCGAACCCCAACAAGACGCAGCCCAUCGUCGACAUCCUGCUGAAGAACCAGACCAAAUUAAUCGACUUCCUGAGCAACUUCCAGAAGGAACGCACAGAUGACGAGCAGUUCAACGACGAGAAGACCUACCUAAUCAAACAGAUCAGGGAUCUGAAGAAACCGGCCUCCUAGAGAAACAUCCCUCCCUGCCUCUAUCCCAACUUUUUAUCAAUAGGAAGACAUACAGUUAAAAAAAAACACAUUAACAAUAAUGGUUAUUCUAUUUAAAAAAAAAAAAACCUUCAAGACUUUGUCUUUUUUCUCUUUGUUGGUUCAUUUAAACUGCAAGAGUAGUUCUCCAUCACCAAUCUUUCUUUUGUAAAUGUUUCUCCUGAACUUUUUUCUUUUUCUUUUUUCAUCUGUAGUGUGUAGUGCCACAACUCAUGGUUGGGGGCAGCUGAUUUGCUCUGUUGGGAGAACCAGCGGUUAAAAAGCUUCGGUCAAAAUAGUCGGACAAAACAGACAUGACCAUUUUUGUAAUGUUAUCACAGUCACCAGUUGCAGGUGCUCUGUUAGUCGCUGCACACUAGUUCAUUGCUGCAAAUCAAAAAAAUAAUGAAGAAUUUCUGCUUUUUUUUUUUUUUUUGCUGGGUCAACAUGUCUGGUCGGAAUCAGGCAAAACAUAUACUUUAGAGUGAGAACAUCACUCUAAACACAACACAAGUGUGAAACACAUUCUCAGUCAUUGCUAAAAGCUUUGUUAGCCAAAUGGCAACAAUAAUCCUCAGUUACCUUCUGCUAGCCAAACGCCUCUUUCUUAUCGUACUGCCAAAGCCAACGAUUGCUCAAGUUUUCUCUCUCUAAAACUAACAAGCAUCAUCAGACUUAAAUAUAUUUCCGAAAUGUCAGCGUAGCUUUGAGUCUCAUCUUCCUUACUAUUCCUCAAAAGUUAAUGUUGUAGCUAAUUGGUGAUGCAAAACUCAACAUCUGCUUUGCUUAUUUCUGACAGUGUCAUGACAGAUUUUAGCCAGUUCAACGAGGGAAAGGCUGAAGCAGUUCUCUGAAGUUGAGAAUACAUUACAUAAUAUAUAAAGGCUGAUUUGCCUAUGGUAAUAGCUUUCCAGUAUCACAAAGAUUCGGCACUUGUCCGCAAAAUGUUUGGCAGGUCACCGCGGAUGUCUUCUUGAAGUGUGCUGUAAGUUUUAAGUUUUAAAUUGGCUCUGGUCAUGAUUUGAUUUUCCUAAUGUGAUCCUGCAGUUUAAGAGGGGUUAAUCUGAACCACUCUAACUUGCAAAAGUUACUUUAGUCAAUCAUGAUUCAAAAAACCUGUGCUAUUCAUAUUACCCAUAUAAGCUUUAGUAAGACUGAGACUGACUGACUGAAUAGAUGUGUUUUAGUCACUGUUGACCAAAAAUUGCCAACAAAAAAUAGUAAUUGUAGGAAUAUUUUAUUUAAGACUUGGAAUGAAGGGCCUUUUUAAUUGAGUCAGUGGGCUGCUAUCGGUACAGUAAGCUCCAAUCAUUUUGAUCACUGGUUCUCUUUGCUGGUGGCUGAUAGCACUUUCUGUAUGAUAAUAAUAAUAUGAUGAUUCAUAUGGUUUUUUUUUUUGUUUUGUUUUUUUGUUAAUUUUAAGCUGAUCACUGUUUUCACAUCGCUUGAUGGUACAUUUGUUUUUUAUAUAUAGUUUCAUUUCUUGUCAUGUACAGUUUAUGGUUUGUACACCUGAAGCGAGUGCCAUUGUGAGUGAGAACAUUGAACAUUAACAGGAGGCACUUUGCUCUUGUUGAGAGAGGCGAGCAGCUGUUUGUGUUUUAGUUUCACUCCUUUUCUUUCUGUACUGUAACAAGUGUUUUUGUUUGGAUUUGGAUCUGAUGUUGGUAUUAGAAUGGAAACAGGUGAGAAGAUUCAGAGGUGCCUUUUUGGUUUGGUGUGUUUUCCCUUCUUUUCUUUUCUCUUAUCUUUUUAUUUUUUGUAUUUUCAGUAUCUUUUUAGGGGGAGCUUAAUUAUUAUGUUAUUGAAAAUAUGCUCUGGAUAGAACAUAUUUGUUGUGAUUAAGCAGUGAACCUCUUAACUCACCAUAUUUGAGUUACGCUGUCAAAGAAACAUUUUAAACUGUUUGCAGCUGAUUGGUUGCCAUUGUGUAUGGAGCAGGGUCACAGUUUCCCUUUGAGUUUGUCGCCAAAGUAGCGCUGAUUCAACACGUGAAUUACAAACUGUGUCGGCUACAAACUCAUCGGGAAACUCGUCGCAGAGUGAGGCCAAAGUUGACCUGUAACAGGAUUCGAUGGUGAAUUGUAACUGUGAAAAAUCCACAUGUAGUUAAAAGGACCAUAACGUGCAAAAUCAAUGAGGUUGAAACGCUACUUUUAAAGUGGUGUUGGCUUUUUAUUUGACCUCAAUGAAAAAUUAUCAUAUUCCCAUUUUCUAAAAAUUACAUUGGCAUUUAAGUCAGUAAAAUUCAGAAUUUAUUUCCCAAUCAAUAUUUGAUGUGCAUUCAUUAGGUUUCUUUGAGCCUCCACAGAAGUUUUAUGUUUAAUGGAGUCAUGAUGAAUAAAAAUGACUAAAAAAGACCUUUCACUAGACUAAUGUUUAGCUGUCUAAACAGAAAUAAAGGCACUAGUGGAGAACAGUAGGGUGACAGUAACAAUUGUAAACCUGGAAUUGCCAUUCUGCUUUUUUUUUAUCUGGUGUAAAAGAAAAAUGGAAAAACUAGUUCUCCAUGUUUUGUCUUUUGGGUGAAAACUAAAAAUACCAGCUUUUUUAAUGUUAUAAGCUGUGACAUAUUACACUAUAUCAGAAAAUAACAUGAGAUGCAAAAGUAGACCAGCCAGCUUUACAGCAGACCAAACGCAAAUGCGUCUUUGAUUUUGCCUGUUUUUUUUUUUUAAACUAAAAUAAUAAGCAGAAGAACUCCACAUUAUCUUCCCAGUGUCCUCUCUGAAAGCAGCCACCAUUCCCCCACAUUGAUGCUAUUGUACCACAUUCAUGAGAAAUAAAAGGAUGGGAAUGCA